UAAAAAACAAUAAACCUGGAGGAUGAUGGAUUGGUCCAGACCCUUCUCUUAAGAAGGCAUUCUUUGGGAUAUCUGAAUAAUGGGAAAAAUUGUGUAAGCUGGCCGAGUGACCUUAUGCAAUUUUGGCCAUUAGAAGUAAAGAAGAAAAACUAUUUUUUGAUUUUUUUUAGUCUUGUUUCUGUUCGAUGCGCGGGGUUUUUUUUCAGUUAUACCGAAAAUGAAUUUAAAAAAAUAAUUCGUAUUUCUUAAAAAAUAUAAUGAAUUUACUGACCAACACAAUGGAUGUUAACAUUACGACGUUCAUAAAUCCUCAUUUAUUUUGGGUGACUGAGAAUUCUCUGGACAGGCUCAAUAUUUUGAACAACAUUUCUAGCCUCUUGCAGAAAGUAAAUCUGAAUUCUAAUGGUAUUUUUGAAACUGAUGAGAUUGUGGGAAUUACAUUGGACAAGAAGUUGGUUAGAGCUAGUAUUGAAAAAGUUUUCUGUUCUGCUAAUUCUGACGGGCAUCGCUAUUUUUGCUGGUUAAUAGAUUAUGGAAAAUUAAUUGAGGUUGACAUAGUUUAUAAACUGCCCAGGGACCUUCAGGAUAUUUCACCGCAAUCAAAACAAAUUUGCCUGCAGGGUAUUUGCUACCUAAAGGAUGUUCUUAAAUUAGGAGUAACGGGUUCAAUUAAGAAUGUUGCUACAGCCAUUCCUUCACAAGCCUCUUAUGAUUAUUCAAUGGAAUUAUUUAGAGACUAUACAAAAUUUACUUUCGAAAUGAUAGGUGAACAAAAUGGUGUAUUGUUUGGCGAUCUUUUGAUUUACAAAGACUAUCAGGUUUUGUCUUUGUCAGAGGAAUUGUGUAACAAGAAACUUAUGAUAAAGGAUGACAAAGUUUUUGAAGAGAUAAAAAAGGACAUUCAUUUGUAUAAAAAGACUUAUUUGAGUACAAUUCACCAGAUUUGCAGGAGGCAAAACACUAUAUCUAACAAAACAACUUCCAAAAUCAAAUGCAGUGAAGAUUUAAAGUAUGAAGACAUGGAUUUUAAUGUUGGGAAACCUCUGCUUAACGGUAGGAGAAGAAACAUAAACCUUGAUAGCAGUAAUAGCUCUAAUGCAUCUAGCAACGAAACGAUGUCUGAGAAUGAGCAGGCGAAUUCGUCUUUUUCCUCCUCUGAAAAUAUAAUCGCAAGCUUGUUACAGAAGCGCAAAGAUGUAUUUAAGGAAAGAAAGUUGGGUGUUGAAGAAAAAAAUCACAGUAACCUUCCUCCUGAAGAACGAUUUUCGAAUAUGAGCCAAGUACGCAAAAUAUUGGAAAGCCUCAGAAAAAUGAAGAGUAACGGCAGUGAUUCUGAAAAUAGUUCAUUUGCACCAUCGACUUUUUCACGAAAAGGUCCGCCAAAAACUGUCGAAACGCUUAGGAAACUUGCAGAGCUAAGAAAAAACAAAAGCAAAGAAGGUGCAACUUGGAAACAGGUCGAUUCCCCGGUGGUAUGUAUUGAAAAAACGGCGGGUAAGAGGAAACUUCCCCCAAAUAUUAAUCUUAUGCCCGCCGGUUCUGAGAGGAACCUUAAAACAAAAAAGAAGGUCUCCAAGGUGAUUCGCACGCCUACCAUUUCGAGUACCAACAGUGUGGCGGAGAAUCAAAGCAUUUCAACUAAUACUGAGACUGACACCGCCAAGAGUGAAGAUCCGCCAGCGGACAGGCCUCCACUUCAUUUUGCUAAUUUCGCGACGAGUUGCAAUUGUAAAGAUUGUAACAUACGUUACGAGGACGACGAUUGGGAUAGUUCUAUAACAUUCUCGGAUUCCAAAUGCAAGAAGCAAUUGUCUGAGUUGGUGCCGAUUAUCAAACCGCCGUUGUUGCUCAAACCUGCGGACAAGGAAUUGGUAGAGGAAAGCGGAAUAUUGUCAGUGGAAUUUUCUAAAAUGUCCCAGAUGCAGCGCCAUGCGUCGCGGAAGAAGUUGGUUCAUGGCGAAUCUAUACCGAGUCCUGCUGAACGCAUAUCCCAGAUUUUUCUGCAUAACAAAAUAUACGCCACUUUGUCAAAUCUCGGGUACCGUGCCACCAAGGGUAUCCAGAUGCACGCAUGUCCAGCCAUCACCCGCAAUCAGCACGUAUUUUUGAUUGGAGAUCGAAAGUCGGGCAAGACGAUGGCUUAUUUGCCGGUUAUGUGCUCGUUUGUGUUGGAGAGAGACCGCUACAGCCAACUGGACCAGAUGGGCGGCGGCCCCAUCGUUUUGAUAUUAUGUAACGAAUCGAAGAAGUGCGAAGAGGUUCACGAUCUGGCCAAGGUUCUCCUUAAAGGGACCAAGCACAAACUCAGCCUUAUAACAUAUCCCGGACACGCCAAUUUGAGCAACAUCGAUAUGUUGGUAACCAUGCCGUCGGUGCUAAAUAACUUGUUGACGUCGCGCGCGAUCAACUUCAAGCGAUUGUGCCAUUUAGUUUUCGACGACGCCGGUGUGCUUUUGAAGAAUCAUGAACUUCUCGUCAACGGUUUCCUUUCCCUCUGCGACAAAAUGCUGACCCACCGUUCUUGUCCCAAAUCGGUUCAGCUUGUCGUUUGUUCAGAACACUGGACGGUUCCUAUAGAGAAACUGUUGAAGCGGCUAAACAUACCGCCUCUGGUGUGCAUCACCAAUUACAUGGAGGCGGCGCUGUAUGGCAAAAUGGUUUACACCAUCAAGUUUUUGAAUUCCGCGUGCAAGGAGCAGGAAUUGAAACAAUUGUUAAAAAACGACCACAAAAUCGUAAGGUCGCUCGUCGUCUGCCAACCGGAGGAAGUAGAAGAGGUUUAUAAUGUUUUAAUGUUGAAAGGCAUCGACGCGACCCCUAUAAAGGACGACGUUAAGCGCGAAGACGCGAUGUAUCUCGAAGAGGUGUGGAACAAUGCCCGACCUGGCUCGUAUCACGUGCUCAUUUGUUCCGACUACACUUUCAAUACGAUGUUCGCCAUUACCAACGUCGCUCUACUGAUUCACUACUCCCUACCGCAGACUUGGUCUCAAUACGUCAGGAGGUUCAGUUGUUUACUCGAUAAUUGUGCGUCACCUUUGAAGAUGAAAUCGAACAAUAUAUCUAUACGCAGCGUGGUGCUGAUCGACGAGCAAUGCGAAUCGCGCAUGUCAAAGUUUGGCGCUUUUAUGCGUUCCUCGUUACUGUGGGACCAGCUGGGGUCGAAUUUGCGCUCGUAUUUGGACGCCGUAAAGUUGGCGGAAGAGCGCAGUAAACAGGCCGAACUGUGCGCGCAGAUCAAGAUUUUCGGCACCUGCGCCAAUUUCCGGUGCAAGUACCGCCAUCUAGCGGAUAAAACGGUCGAUGUCGACGAUCAUUUACCGCAGAACGGGUCGAUUAAGUUCACAAUCGCAGACGUAUGGGAUGUAACGACGUGCGCAAUCAAAAUCCUGGAAAGUUUCGAUACCAACGGUAACAGCGUCGGUAAAAUGAGAGAUCGAGAACAGGAAAUUUUGAACCAAUUGGCUGCAUGUCCUAGAGAUAGAUGCGUGAAAACGCCCAUCACUGGCCAAAUGUAUAUGUACGCGGACGAAGAUGUUUCGGGUAGGUGUCGACUACUAAAUGUGGAAGCAGACUCCGCAAAUGUCGUUUUGGUCGACAAAGGGACAAAAAUAAAAGUCGACGUUGCCAAAUUAUUCCAGCUGUCUGCAGAAUUGAUGAAUAUACCGUCCCAAAUUCAUGAAGUGUACCUCGGAAACUUCGUGCCGCCCCACCACGAUUCUGGAUUUUCGUCGAAGGCGUUCACCACCCUAAAACACAUGAUGGACGAGCACAGGUGCUGCGACAUGGUUUUCCGAGCCGAUAUUCAACUUCAGCUCGGGCACAACCUUUGGCUGGAAGACGUGGUGGAAGAAAGGGAACUAUUUGACAAAUCUCUGCCGACGAUGGGGUUCCAAUUAUCCAGAGAGCUGCUGCGUGGCGGUUUGGUUCGACGCGACGACCAAGUCCUGAGACGAUUGUACGAAUUGUGCAAGCAAGCGGACAUAUCGCUGCCCGACUACGAAAUUAAGAGGAGAAAGGUUGUAAGGAAGGUCGCCGAACAGCCGACACCUCGGUGGGCAUUUUUGGAUACCCAGCGAGUGAACGAGGUAACAUUCAGUUCGGCCAUUUCCCCCGACGAGUUCUACGUCAAGCUCAAGAAAUUCCACAAGUCCUUAUCGCAGUUGGAGAAGGAUAUACAGCAGGAAAUCCGAAAGCCGUUUUACCCGGUCCCCGAAAAAAUCGAAGUCGGAAAAUGUUACUUGGCGAAAGAUGAUCACAGCGGCAAUUAUUCGCGCGCGAUCGUCCGAAAUAUCGACGGAGACCACGCGUUGUGUUUUUUCGGCGAUUACGGCGACGAAACGGUGACGGAGCUGAGCGAGCUGAAGCAUCUGUCGGACGUGUUGCUCGAGAGGCUGCCUUUCCAGACGAUUCAGUGCAAAAUGUUCGGCGUCAGACCUGUGGACGAGAAGUGGGACAACGCCGCGACCGAUUUACUUUACGAGCUCGGCUUCGAGCCCGGCACGGAUGUCUUCAGGACGCUCUACGUUAAGACCGUGUCCGAAUCGGACAACGGCGACCUCGCCGGCCAGAAAUGUUAUUCGGUGAUAUUGAAGGACGGGUUUAACAAGCGUCACCUGCUCAACAAUUUGCUGGUCGAUUGCGGUUACGGCGUGCCGAUCAACGGCGCGAUUGAGGAUUUCGCCGUUUCCGAACCGUCGUCGGGGAACGAGUCGGACCACGACAGCGACGACUGGAUCGAGGACGGACGAGAAAACGAAGAGACUCUUGAGAAUUUCAAUUUGGGCGACGACUUGGAGGUUUUCAUAAUAGACUUUGGCCAGUUUUGCACCGACAAUGACUUUUUGACAAGCGAGCGAAACGAAGCGGGGCCCAAAAAAGUAGAGGACGGCGCCAGACAGUUGCCCGUGAUUAAAGCCGCACCGGAAGUGGAUUACCUCACGCCCGAUUGCCUCUGGUCCCAGACCGAUUCUUUCGUAAGGUUGACGAUCCAAAUUCCGGACGUUUCGGACUACACGGUCAGCGUCAGUCAAGGAAGGGUAUUUAAUUUUUGUACGUACAAGGCGGGCAAGAAAUAUCUCCUGAAUUUGAUACUGUUUGAUCGUGUGAAGAAGACUUUUCAACACAGUGCGCUAGGGGCAGUAGUCAAAGUGACACUGGCCAAACACAAGGACGAUGCAACGUGGCCCCGUUUGCUAUACUCAAAAAACAGAUUUAGGAAUAUCCAUUUCGACAUCGAUACUUUGAAUGUUGACGACGAGAAGAAGAGGAGAUUUUUGGAGUUGCCGAUCAGUGACGACGACAAAGAUGAGGACGACAACGACUUGGUUUACUAUUGUUCGGAUCGCGGUAGCGAGUAUGACGAAGACAUAGCAGAACUCGACUAAGAGUGAUAGUUUUUAUUGUUUUAUGUAGAUAUAUUUUGGUGUUCAGUCAACGAAUCAGGUCCGUAUUUUGAUUUUAGUUUUUCUUUGGAUUUUAAGAGAUUUCUGCGACCACUUUUUUGAAUUGUUUCGUUAUUAAUUUUUCAAAGAAGCUUCCACAGGCUACUGUAAUACUUUUUAUAAAACUUCUGGAUUCCUCCUGCGUCGGUUUUUGUUGAGUCAAACUAGCUUAACUGUUUCAGUCAAGCUCCGAAGAAGCCAACAGGAUGACUGGCCAAACGCUAGCUAGUUGGAAUCAACAAAAAUCGACGCAGAAAUCCAAAAGUUUUAUUAAAAAAAUGUUUCUUUAUUAUUGUUUGUUGAAAUUUUGAUUAUUUUAUGCCUCUCCUGGACAAACUUAACCUUUUUAGAAACAAAAUGACUAGAAAAUGAUUAAAAAGUUUAUUUGCUCCAUACUAUACAUAAAUCCAUCAGUUUUUUUAAACAAUCCCAUUAGCUUCUAUUAUGGUGGUGCUAAUGUGGCCUGUUUGACAAUUUUUUAAACAAAAAUUGCGCCCCUGCGGGGUAGGUCAAAUGUACUAUUCGGUGUUUAGUUUUCUGCCCUUCGAAGACAUCUUUCUAGCUGCUACCCAUCAUGUAAUGUUUGCUCAAGACAAGUGUAGUUUAUUCAAACUAAGCAGCUCGAAACCGCUGUUGCGUUUUAAAUAACUGUUUAUUUAAUUUAAUAAAUAUAAUUUCGUCCAAAUAUAACAAAGAAAUGAUUUAAAUAUAUGUAUGUAAUAACCGAAUAGGUCAAACGUAACGUUCGCUGUUUAUAGUUUUCCUCGUUGAUCUGCUUAAGUUCCAAGGUAAUUGAAUAGUAAUUUAGUUCAAAUAAAGUUCUCUCUAUGUGUAAACAGCUUAUGAAAUGAUACUUGAGCGUUUUCCAUGUAUGUACCAUUUACUUAACACCAUAUGGCCAGUAAGUGUGGACUAAAGUCUUGUCAAUGUAAUUCGAUAACAGAUCGAAUGUUGAUAGGAUAUUUUUGUAAGUAGUAAUAAGUAUUAAAUAAAUUAAUUUUAAAUAAGUAACUUAAGUUUGCGAAACUCUUUGGAAAAUUAAGCAAAACCUCCACAAAUACAAUGAAUAAAAUAUAUUUAAAACAAAACAGAAAAUGGAUUAAAGAAAUAUACCUAUACAAUAACAAUAA